AUGUUCCGGAACCCAUGGAUUGCCAGUCUUCACGUCGGUCAUGUGCCCACGGAGGACCAAGGAUUUGAACCCAAAGCUUCCAAACUCUGCAGCUCCACUUCUCUGCCCACAGACGCCUUCAGUUUUCAGAGCGACCUCUCCUUGACUGACAACAGCUUGUUGGUGAAGAGUGUAUCCGACACAGAUGCCAAACUGCUCUUUGUUCUUCCCAAAGUUUCAGAGCUGAAGAAACACUUUGAAGUUCCUGUGUCAUCCGAGACAGACAUGAACAGGAAGGAGAGAAUAGCACGUCGUCUGGAGGGCAUGGAGGCUGACGUUCCCCCAGCUCUGGUUCUUCCCUCUGGGCUGGUGUCAAACCGGAUGUUAGAGGAGGAUCCCCCCAGAUACACACGGGCCUCAGACCCCUGUGAGCCCUGUGUCAUGGUGCGUCGCUACAGUCGUGACGAGCUGAGCGACUCGCGGCCUCAGAAACAGUCCUCUUCCUCAGACAGACACAGUAAAGCUCCUCCGGUCGUGUCGCGGCCGGAGCCCAUGACCGUGUACGUGGAUCCGGUCACCGUUACCACCUCGUCCUCUGGGGGGCGCUCUACAGACCCAAACCUCACGUCAAAGGCUGAGAGAAUUGCACGGUACAAGGCUGAGCGGCGCCGGCAGCUCUCUGAGAGAUAUGGCAUUCUGUUGGACCAGGAGGCCGAGGUGGACUACACGCCACGGUACAGACGCAGGGAGACCACAGAGCAGGCCGCACCGUCCAGAAGAGAGAAAGCUGAAGUGGAGGAUCCAAAUCUACCAUAUCGCGCUGGAGUGGGAAGAGUGUACAUGAGGAACCAGCCAAACCCCCAAGAUGCCCAUCCACCCUCUGCCCAUUCAGCCUCCGCCCAUCCAGCCUCUUCCCAUUCAACCUCCGCCCAUCCAGUCUCUGCUUCAUCUCACACAACCACAGCUACCCACCAUCAUCAUACCACAGCGGGCAGCUCCCACACUGCACCUGGCCACGGCCACAGCACACCUGGCCACGCCCAUGUCACACCUAGUCACGCCCACGUCACACCUGGUCACGCCCACGUCACACCUGGCCGCAGCCAUGUCACACCAAGCCAUGUCCACGUCACACCUGGCCACACCCACGUCACACCUGGUCACGCCCACAUCACACCUGGCCACGCCCACAUCACACCUGGCCAUGCCCAUAACACACCUAGCCAUGCCCACAUCACACAUGGACACGCCACACCUGAACACUCCCACAAACCUGGCCAAACUCACAUCGCAGCUGGACACUCCCACGUCACAUCCGCCACACCUGCCUCAAAACAGGAGCAGCACUUUUCAGAUCGUGAGACGGCCUUGAACCAAGAGAACUAUCGCAGAGGUGGGACACACAACCGCAGCGCUGUGGCCCCCAGGAGCCGGACCCAGGAAGUGCACUCCAGUCGCCACCAGGAGGCUGUACACAAAGACAUGAGCCCAACUUCAUCGGGUCGGGAUUUCAACAUGGCCGCCGUUCCCAGCUCUCCACGAACAGCUCGACGCAGGGAAUCCGUGCAAGAGAACGAUUGCAACGGGACGAUCCAGGCCAGAGACCUCCAGACUGGAGUCCAGAUCGGCACCACACAGACUCUAUCCAACCACGCCAUCGCACCCAGGGAAACGCUCCCCAAAUCUCACACCAACACCAACAACAUAAGCCUGAAACUCCCCAAAAUCGAUCCGUCCACCAGCCCCAACCCAGCCCAGGCCAACACCAGACCCUCCAACAAGGCGAACCCUAUCUCGCAAUGCCUGUCCAGUCCACCAAGCAGCAGCCUCCAGAAGUUCCUAGAAGGAGACCCAGUACGGAUCAAAUUUACGCUGCGCAAAGGGAAGCAAGAGCGGAGGCAAGGCAAGCUUUGA